AUAUGGGUUUUGUUCGCAUGUUAGACACUCAUUUUUUAUUUACGAAUUCAUAGAAAGAGGAAGUUUGAGAAAAAUUUUAAGCAAUGAAGAAGAAGCAGCGGAGUUAGAUUGGAGUAAGAGGCUAAAUAUUGUUAAAGGAAUAGCAAAUGCUUUGUCGUACAUGCACCAUGACUGCUCUCCUCCAAUGAUCCACCGAGACAUUUCCAGUAACAACAUUCUGUUAGAUUCAGAGUUUGAGGCCCAUGUCUCGGAUUUUGGCACAGCUAGGCUGUUGAUGCUUGACUCCUCAAAUUGGACCUCAUUUGCAGGCACAAUCGGGUACACAGCACCAGAGUUAGCAUACACAAUGGCAGUCAAUGAAAAAUGCGACAUCUAUAGCUUUGGUGUGGUCACACUCGAAAUACUAAUGGGAAAACAUCCAGGAGAUGUUGCCUCAUCUCUUUCAUCGUCACCUCCACCAAUUGAACGACAAACACUUUUCAAAGAAGUGAUCGAUCAAUGCCUGCCAACUCCUAAAAAUAAAGAUGCUGAAGGAGUGAUCCAUGUUGCUAAACUAGCACUUGCGUGCCUGAGUGCAAAUCCUCAAUCUCGGCCAACCAUGAGACAAGUUUCUUCAAAACUGAUGGCCCAGUGGCAUCCAUUAACAAAGGCAUUCUCUGAAAUAAAAUUGGGAGAAAUUUUGGUCCAUGAUGGUAUCAAUGCCUAAGCUUGUAGAAAGAUCAUUGUACUAAUUUUUUUUUCUUUAUUCAGUCUUUCCUCUGCUGCAUGCCUUGUAUUAUAUGUUUGGUUGGAGUAAAACUGUUAUAUGCCUUGCACAAGAAGCAAUCGGACUUGAAUUUUG